GAUUUCCAGCAGCUGUCAAAACAAGUCGACAUAAGUUUGAUUUCGUGCGAGCUCGAGUCAUUUUAAUUUCUGUUUCGUUGUAGAUUUGCCUCUCAUAAUUUAUUUAAACAUUUUAGUGUUAAAGGCUCUUCACGUUCGAAAAAUCUUCAGUAUACCAGAUAAUUUUUCAAGAUGGUUUGGUUGGAGUCUUGCUGGUCUCCUUGCAUCUGGUCGAAUUCGGUUAAAACAGGAAGUUAUGCCGUAGCAGCAUACACGGUUGCAAUAUGCAUUGUACUCAUUACUAUGACUGGCUACAUGCUCGCUGGUGGUGAUUCGUCGCAACUGUAUACGCCGCUGUUCGAAACUGACAUUCGCGACUCGAUGCAAGUCGUCGGGGGAUUCUUCAUUGCAUACUUCGUGUUGCUGAUUAUUUCCUCGUUCGGCAUUUGCUAUUCGCUGAAAACGACGACCCGAGGUUGGAUGCUUCCGUGGUUGACAUUGUUUGGAGUGGCCAUUCUGUUCCAAUUUGUAUUUGGCCUAUGGUUGAUCGGUGGUUACUAUAUUUAUCUCCAACAAACUCUAUCCAGUUUAAUAUUGUGGGUUUGGAUGGCAUACAACAUUUAUUGCUGGAUGUGCGUUUAUUCACAGUAUCAGAUUUUCGUUGAAAUGCAAUCUCCCAAUAUUGAACUUUUGAUGCCCUGAAUGUUCGAACCACAUGUAGAUCUAACUACAGGCAUGUCAGAUAUGUAUCGGACCAUACAUUUCUACAGCUUUUAACUACUCGACAUGGAGAGUACUAUGACUCAUAAGCAGAAUUAAUCAGUUUAUUUCUCGAAAUAAGUAACAAAGUGCCUUCGUCCAUUCCAAUAACGGUAUUCAGUUGCAGUUUUUUGUUGGUAUUUUAGAUUACAAUUAAGUAUGUUUAUAAGUUUAAUGUAUUUUUAUAAUGAACCGUAGUUAUGAUUUUGAAGACAGUUCAAAUAGCCUGAUAGUGUUUAAAAAAGACGACCAUUUACAUGUUCCAUUUACUUCCAAUCCAAUUGAACAUGUUUCACUUAUAUCGGUAGGAAAAGUAAACCUCAAUUUUACCGUCCAUAAUGAGUAAUAUAUAUUCAUAUAACAA